AUGAACGGCCAUGCAGCCCCCAGAAAGAGCGAGCCUCAGGCUGUACCUGAGAAGAUGAAGGCGCUGCAAUACUCUGGACCAGAGAAAUUCGCGGUGGAAACAAUCGAUGUUCCGAAGAUUGGGGAUGAUGACGUUCUUAUCUCGGCUUGUGGUGUAUGCGGUACUGACUUGCAUUACCACAAAGGCGAGUUUUUGGCAAGGUGGCCCUUAAUACCUGGUCACGAAGCAGCUGGCACAAUUGCUGCUGUCGGUAAGAAUGUCACCAACGUCGCAAUUGGUGACCGUGUAGCAGCGGAUGCCCUGGAACCAUGUCUCAAAUGCUUCCACUGCACUCGAAGAAAGCCACAGCUUUGCGAAAAUGUCAUCGGAUAUGGCGGUAAUGUACCUGGUGGUAUGGCUGAAUAUUGCCGAUAUCCUGCGCGAAUGGUAUUUCCGAUUGGCGAUCUUCCAGACCUUGAGGCAGUUCUGUUGGAACCAGCAGCUUGUGCUGCACAUGGUAUCGAGAGGAUGCAACUGGAAGCUGGUAGCCGGGUAUUGCUGUUCGGAUGUGGACCGACAGGUAUAUUACUCGCACAAUUGAUCAAGAUGAACGGUGCUGCGCAUGCAUGUAAACCCCUACCAUACCCAAUAACGAUUGCUAACCAGCCUCAGUUGACGAUCGCUUCAAAAGCAGGGCCUAAGCUCGACCUUGCUCGCUCCUUGGCCAUUGCAGACACCUUCAUCACUAUUUCCGACGACCACGCCGAGACCGAUAUGCAGGACCUCCGCGCUGCUAACCCGUAUGGAUUCGACAUUGUCGUAGAAGCUACCGGCGCUCCCACAGUGCUAGAAAAAUCCCUCGACUAUGUACGAAAAGGCGGAAAAUUAGUUGUUUACGGCGUUUAUGACAACAGCGUCAAAAUCUCGUGGUCUCCAUUUCAGAUUUGGGAGAACGAAAUUACCAUUCUGGCUAGUUUCUGUAGUAUGAGUCAUUUACCACAUGUGCUGGAAUAUGUCAAUGCUGGAAGGCUCAAGUUGAAGGGUAUCGCGAACAAGACCUACAGAAUUGAGGAGUGGGCGGAGUGUCUGGAGGCAGUAAGGAAGCAGGAAGUUGUCAAGGCUGCUAUCGUAUUUGACUGA